CCGCUGAUAAGUAACUUGUUAUCGAUCAACCGGGCAUACAUCACCCGCCCUGAGCAGGCAAAAUCUCGCUCCCAAAGCACUUACCAGCAAACCGAAAACGAGAGAAGAAAAAGUCAAAUGCUGCCAGCCAGCCCCCAUCCAGACAAGUCCCUGCCCUCGUCGUUGGAAUGAGGAGACUACCUUCCCAGCUGCUGGCUUCCAUCCCAAUCUCCACACGGCGAGCUGCUGCCUCGGCGGCGCUCUCCCUCCGCCUGCCUCCGUCGACAUGGCGCACCCAUAGCAAUGGUUAUAGUGGGCAGGUCCGGCUCGACGGGCUCUUACUAGCGGAUAAUCCCCGGCCACCACAGCCGAGACCGCACCCCUUCCGGUUCGAGACGGGCAUCGCCGUCUUCGCCAAGCGACCGCCGCGCCCGUUCCCGCCGCCCUUCCUGUCGGCGCCGUCGGGGUCGUUCAGCGACCCGCUCAGCACGCACGAGGGUGGGCGGCGGUCGGGCCCCGUGCGGGGCAGGACCAACGGCGAUGACGCCGUGUACGCGGGGGAGAUGUUUAUCUGCGCCAAUGACGGGGUUGGGGCGUGGAGUACGCGGCCGAGGGGGAAUGCUGGCUUAUGGGCGAGGCUGAUCCUCCACUACUGGGUCGCGGCCAUGCAGGAGGACGCGACGAGGCCGCGCCAGCCGGGCGACUGCUACGUCCCCGACCCGGUCGAGUACCUGCAGCGGGCGUACGAGCAGACCAUCGAGGCGACGAGCCCGCCCAACGACUGGCUUGGCACGACGACCGCCUGCGGGGCGCAGUUACACUAUCAGAAGACAAGGAACCAAGGGGGAGCCGACGGGGUGACCCCCCUCCUCUACGUGGCCAGCCUGGGCGACUCGCAGGUGAUGGUGGUGCGGCCGUCGGACCGGUCGCUCGUGUUCAAGACGACGGAGCAGUGGCACUGGUUCGACUGCCCGCGGCAGCUGGGGACCAACAGCCCGGACACGCCGCGGGCCAACGCCGUCGUCGACGCCGUGCCCAUCAGGGAGGGCGACGUGGUGCUCGCCAUGACGGACGGCGUCAUCGACAACCUGUGGGCCCACGAGAUCGUCGAGAACGUGAGCGACAGCGUCGCGAGGUGGGAGGCCGGCGAGGGGCUUGUCGCCGGGGUCAGGGCGGCCGGGGAUGGUGCUGGCGAGGCGGCGCGGAGGAAGGGUGGUAGGGGUGGGGGCAUGAAGUUCGUUGCUGAGGAGCUCAUGGAGGCGGCUAAGACGGUGGCGCUGGAUCCGUUUGCUGAGAGCCCGUUUAUGGAGCAUGCUAUCGAGGAGGGGCUGGCGAGCGAAGGGGGGAAACUCGACGAUAUCAGCGUAGUCGCGGCGCUGGGUUGGUCUAGGGAUUUGCUGGGAAAGCGCUCUAAACAGUACAGGAAGCUGAUGCAGCAGCUGUCCAUCACCUUCGGCUUCCGAGAACCGUACCAAUGCAUCGUCGACGCUGAGAUCGUCAAGGAGACAACCCGCUGCAAGAUGGACCUGCUGGCUAGUCUGGAGCGGACUCUCCACGGGAAGGUCAAGCCUCUGAUCACCCAGUGCAGCAUCCGGCACCUCUACAAGGACAACACGGACCCGACGACGGCGGCGGCGAUCGAGGUGGCCAAGGCGGUGUGCGAGCGGCGGCGGUGCGGGCACCACCCGGACUCGUUCCCGGAGCCGCUGCCGACGCUCGAGUGCCUAUCGUCGGUGGUGGACCCGGGCAAGUCGGGCACCAACAAGCACCGGUACUGCGUGGCGACGCAGGACCUCGAGGUGCGGAGGGCCAUGCGCGCCGUGCGCGGCGUGCCGCUCGUGUACGUCGCCCGCUCCGUCAUGAUCAUGGAGCCGCUGUCGGACGCCACGGCGGCGACCAGGGAGAGGGAGGAGAGGGGGAAGUUCCGCGACGGGAUCAUCCGGUCUAGGCCUGCGAAGAGGAAGAGGGGGGACGAUGAGGGCGAGGAGGGGAGUGGUAGCGGCAGCGGCUCCGAGAGCGGGAGCGGGGGCGAUGAGGGAGGGGAAGGGGAGAAGGAUAAGCAGAAGAAGAAGAAGAAGCGGAAUUAUGGCCCCAAGGGCCCGAAUCCCUUGGCGGUCAAGAAGACGAAGAAGGAGCAGCAGCAGGCGAAGAAACCGGCAAGGGUGGAGGGGCAGGGGGCUGGGCCGUCACCGACUAAUGAGGCGGGUGGGGAACAGAAGGCGAAGAGGAAAAGGAGAAAGAGGCGCAAUGCUGAAGGUGCCGGUGAAGGUGCCGGUGAAGGUGCAGGUGAAGGUGCUGGUGAAGGGGCGGCAACCCUGGCCGCUGAGGGUUGAACGGUACCUUGGUUGUUAUGCGUGUUGCGACAUGAGUACAUUAUUGAAGCCUACUGGGCGAGAUUCCCGCCUUUUUAUGGGAGCAAGUCACAUACAAAAUGAGAUACCAUUAUCCGUUUUGCUCGCGAUGCUGUCCCUCAAAGUUCAUACUUCUCUGCAUCACUACCAGUUUCAGUAUUGUCUUUCCUCUAGACCCAGUCCUGUUUGCGAUGAUUGGCGAAAACAUCCAUGAUUGACAGUCA